ACCUUGUCAUGUAAACCCACUACAAGUAGCUGUCCCAUAGAACUCCCUUCAGAUUCCUUUAUUUUACUUUAAGUCCUUGUAAUGUCAUACUGCCAUUCUUCCUUCAGUAAUCUACAGCUGGGUAGCUGUCACUUGAAUUUUUAAGGAUCUCACAUUUAUCAUCUACCAUAUAAAUAGCUCGAGUCCUCCUGCGCUUUCAGGGGUUGAUGUAAUCCGAGGCAAAGCCUUCGGGGUUAAUCACGACUGAGGUUUGAGGUUUUGCGUGCGUGCUGCUCCCCCUCCUCUCCUCAGCCGCGUCGAAGCCAAGAGCAGCACGGGCCGCUGCCUGCCCAAGCGCUGGCUUCUUGCCAGCCUCACUGCGCGCACUGCACCGAUCAGCGCUCCGCGUCCGCUGCUUAACGACCGUCUCCAGGCAGCGGCGGCGGCCGCCAUGCCGGGCGGGCGGCGGGACGUGCUGGGGGUGCGCAUCGCCCCGGCCCUGCUGCGCUUCGGGGCCGCGCUGCCGGGGCGCCGCUACCGCGCCGCGCUCAGCGUCCGCAACCUGCGCGCCGGGAGCUGCCGCCUCCGGCUGCUGCCGCCGCGCCGGCCCCAGUUUAAACUGAUUGUGGAAAAUCCAGAGAAACCUGUUGCACCUGGGCUUCAAGUCAAAGCUGUUGUAGAAUAUUAUCCUGAGAGUGAGGAAGACCUCGAAGACAGACUACUACUUUUAAUAGAAGAAGAUGUAGUUGAUAUCCCCCUGCUUGGGUAUGGAGGUCAAAAGUUCAUAUUUUGCCGUUACUGCUUUCAGUUUAAUCUUGUGGAAAAUUUGCUAACACCUGUCACAUAUGGCUACAUAACUAAGCUAUCAACUGUAAUGAAAAUGAAUAGCAAGUUUCUUUACAAUUUUUUUUUUCCCAUAGCAGUGCACAGGUAAGAAGACAAUUGGGAUAGUGGUGUUCUAAGAUCCUAGAGAGGCUUUGAGUUCUUGUUUUUGCUUUGCUCUAUAUUGGUUGUGAUAAUGCUGAUGACUUCUAAUUCUACGCCAGCAUCAGACAAGUUGACAUUUACUUUUAAUCUUUUUUUGGUCCUUACUGCACCCCUUAUAGAUUAAAUAAGUAAAUAAAUAAAUAAAAAAGUAUUGUUCGUAUUCAAUUGGGAUUAUAGUGAAGAACAGUUUGUUUAAUUCUAAAGAUAUGGUUUCACUGUGGACAAUAAAGCUACUGGCAAUUCCUUUCUGGAAAGGACUUUCAGUAGAGAGCUAAGUAUUUAAAAUCCUUGUGUUUAAUUAUCUUUUGCAGGGGAAAAAAAUAACAGGGUAUAACUGAUUAUUAGCCUUCUGUGUAAAAAACAAAACUAAAUAUACUUAAUACUUUUAAAUCAGUCUUCUCCCAAAUCAGUUUUGUCCUGCAUGUCUGUUGUUUACAGAUAGAUGAUAGUCAUUGCACUGAAGGAUCACUAAAUACCAAACAUAUUUUUCUGUACAAACAGAGUUUUGAAUAUGCCAUUUAUCAUUUAGAGAAAAUAAUAUAGGUAGUAUAAGAACUCGUUGGUUGACAAGUAUUAGUCAAAAGCUUUUUUUUUUUCUAUCAAAAUAAAGAUAUCACUAUGAAAUGUACACAUAAGUUGUUAAAUUGAUGGAUGACACUAAAAAUAAGGA